AUGUCGGGUUCCGGUGGAGUUACGACGGCCAGAGCCCGCGGGGACGGCCGAUUCUAUGUCUCCCCAGCCAUGCGCAAGCCGCAUGAGCAGCUUCAGCAGCAGCAGCAGAGAAGGAGGCAUCAGCAGAGUAUUCAGCAGCAACAACAGCAACAGCAACAGCAAAGGCAGCAUCAACAGCAACAGCAGCAGAAGGCGGCGAAUCCACCGAUGAAUGGUACUCCGCAUGAGAUCGAGAAGAGGGUAGACGCCGAUCAAUGCCGUUCGUCUUCUACUUCCUCCACAGCCUCAAAUUCGUCGGUCCCUGGGAGACCGAGUACGGAUGGUGUACACACCAAUUUGGAUCGGUUCUUGGAGUUCACCACUCCCGUGGUUGCUGCGCAAAUGCUCCCUAAGACUAGCGUUAAAGGAUGGAGAAGAGGUGAGGAGCAUCACCAACAGCCCUACUUUGUUUUGGGUGAUUUGUGGGAGUCUUUGAAGGAGUGGAGUGCAUAUGGUGUUGGAGUUCCCCUCCUUUUGAAUGGCAGUGAAACUGUCAUCCAGUAUUAUGUCCCUUACCUCUCCGGCAUUCAGCUGUACAAAGAUUCGUCAAAACAAUCCACAAGGCGAAGGCACGGUGAGGAUAGUGAUACAGAAUCUUCCCGGGAAACAAGUAGUGACAGUAGCAGUGAUUAUGGAGGAGUAAAACAUGGUGCAUCGGGGCCACGGAACCAGCAAAAUGGCUUUGAUUCUAAUGUGCCAAACCUAAAUGGACUUCCCUUGAGAAGUAAGCCGUCUAGGGCAUCAUCUAGUGAUGAAAGUGAGGUUUCUAAUCACCCUGGUCAACUCAUCUUUGAGUAUAUGGAGCAUGAAUCACCUUUCCAUCGCCAGCCAUUGGCAGACCAGAUUACAGUCCUUGCUUCUCAGUUCCCAGAACUCAAAACGUGCAAAAGCUGUGAUCUCUCUCCCUCCAGUUGGAUGUCUGUGGCCUGGUACCCUAUAUACAGGAUACCUACUGGUCCAACGUUGCAGAAUCUGGAUGCCUGCUUUUUGACAUUCCAUUCUCUAUCAACACCUUCCGCCUUUCAAGGUCGAAACACAGAUGGACUGCCAAUUAACGGCACCCGGAUGGAUGCUCAAUCUGCCGACAUUUCCAAGCUAUCUCUAUAUAGCUUUGGUCUCGCUUCUUAUAAGUUGAAGGUUUCAUUCUGGAACCCAAAUGGAGAUUACGACCCGAAAGUGAACUCACUUCAGCGUGCUGCUGAAACCUGGCUACGGCUUCUUCAAGUGCAUCAUCCGGACUACAUGUUCUUUGUUUCCCACAGCUCUAGCUGGCGGUGAUAGAGGUAUCUGUCUGGCGGUGAUAGAGGUAUCUGUCUGGGUUGGACCAUUUUAAGAUACCUGGAAGUUUGGAAAAGGUAAUUGUGUGGCACCUUUUUAAUACCCUGGAAGAGAGACCCAUUUCGAUCGCACAUUGCUCUAUGCUUUUGGCUCCAAUAUUAAUGUUGUCACUUCUUGUUUGAGGGAGGAAGAAAAACUAUAUAUUUCCAAGGUGUUUAUCUCCAGGAUUUCUUCUUCUGAAGCUUGAAAAACUCAUAUGGGUGAUGAAAAAGUGUCUGCCUUUGGAAUAAAAAGGGGCCAUAAAUACCAUGUGUAGUUUAUAGCUUUGUACACAGGGAAUCUCUCAUAUUUGGAGAUGAUACAUGAGGUGCUGCUUUCCCCCUGGAUUGAUAAGUUUGUGGUCUACCCUGUGGGCAGUCUACUAUAUAUUUGGGAAACCUACAGACUUCUCCUGUUUCUUACAUUAAAUAAGGUUUUUAGCAGAUGAUGAUGAUGAAGAAGAAGAUAUGAUGGAAUUGUGUAUAUACAGUUGUUUAUUACUUAGAACUACACUCAGAGAUGAAUGAACGGUACAUUAUGUAUGGUGUAGUUGUUUGGAUGGAUGGGGGGUUUAAUAGUGGAGCACCACCCAUCUUAAUGUAUUGGAAACUAGUUUGAUUUAGUUAUUUCAUGGUGUUCUUUCUUCUCUUAUUAAGAACUUGUGUUUAAGAUUACUUCUGUGGAUGCUAGAUAUGGAUUGUUGCUGAUAGAUUCUGCACAGCGAAUUUCUGAAA